AUGAGCCACUACUCCGCGUAUGAUGAAGCUAGAGAAGCGGCAAGGCCAUUCCUACCCCUCACCCCGCCUCCCGAGGCGACUCUCGGGCUCAAUACCUCCGCUCUGCUCGAGUCUGUGGACAGCAAGCUCAACGAACUCACCGACGAGCGGUACCACAUCUCGCGACGGAUAUGUACCCUGAAGCGCUUGCGCAACUCGGUCGCGCUCGUUCACCGUCUUCCCCCGGAGAUGCUCAUCGAGAUCUUCCUACUCGUGACAGAAGACAAGUCACAGCUAGAGCACGAGCACAAACCCGUCCUCGAUAUGACCCACGUCUGCGCGCACUGGCGCACCGUCGCGCUCGCCGCGUCACGCCUCUGGACGCACAUCCCCUUUCUGCCUCUCGACCUCGCCAAGCUGUUCCUGGCACGCUCCAAAAAUAUGUGCGUGAAGUACUGGAUUUACGAGUUACCCGCGCUAUCCUUCGAACGGGCGAAAUUACGGGACCGACUACCACUCCAGCGGUUGCAGAGUUUGCGUGUCUCUCUGUUGGAGCCGGACGACAUGGAAGACUUCCUUGAUGUGCUCACGGAGCCUGCACCGAACCUCACAGUUCUCUGCCUACAGCCAGGGGACGGACCGUUCCCGGACCCGGACAAUAGGCUAGAGGACGUCACAAGGGACACGCUCUUCGCCGACGCUACCCCCAAGAUUCGGACCGUAGAACUCACCAGCUUCAACAUCCAUUGGACGUCUGGGAUCUUCAACAACCUCACCCAGCUGAAGCUUCGUGAUCAGGACGGUCGCGUCCCACCGCCGGAUGUGUUUCUGGACGUCUUAGAAAGCUGGCGCGAAGAAUUUCGGAACAUCCGUCCGCGCGUCCGCGGCUUGUAA